UCCGCCAUCUCCUCUCUGCUCCUCCGCCUCGUGUCAAGCGCCGCCUCUCGCCUUCACGUCAUCCGGAUUCCCCGUCGGAAUCGGAGCUCGAUCACGAAAGAUACCUCGAUUUACCUUCCCCGUCAGCAGAAGACAAACAAGGUAGUACUUUACACGUCAAUAGUAUAUAUUUUUUUAUAUCAAAGUAUUGCAUUUUUGAAGUUCUAUGUGUAAAUUAGGGUUUUAAUGAAAGUGUUAUUUUUGUGCUUUAAUUGUUGUAUAUAAAAAGAAUAUGUCAUUUGUUUAUUUGUCACAUUAUUGAAGUGUUACAAUCAGUUAAAGUGAAAUGUAUCGGUCAGUGUUAAAAUUGAUAUUCUCUUGGGCCGUUUGUUUGGCGACUGAGAAUACGAUUGAAAAGAAAACAAAAUAUUCAGUUUAUGUUUCAUGUCAUUUCGUUAUUUGUACUUGUUUGGUUGUAUGGAAUGGGAACUAGGAAGACAAGAAAUUUUUGAAUUUUAUGUUACAUUUAGUUAUUUUUAUUAAAAGUGUGAAGCCAGGCUUAAUGAAGAAACAUAGUCGAUAUUUCUUUUACAGAAGUCGCUUUUGAAUGCAUUAUCAGGCCAAAAAUUUGGAGCUUAGUUUUUAGUUUGUGUGGAUGUUAUUUAUUUCGUCAAUAUUCAAAAGUUGCAGGAAGAAUGGUAGUUUCCAACAGUUUCAUCUUUCAGAGAGACAAGUAAGAAUAUUCUCAUCUCUUUUCCUUUAAGUUUCUUGGGCUCUUUGCAGAUAUGGAUUGCUAUUUGCUAGUACCAUUAAAGGUAAAAUGGUUGUAUUCAAGAUCGGUUGUUAACUCUACUUUUCUUUUUAUUUCCAGAUUUGGAUGAUGGAGCCGGACCUGUGAAUGACGGUGGCUAUAAUGCUGUUCCCUUUUCAUAUGGAAACACUGGUGAAUCCACCGGUGAAAGAAAUGCUGAUGCUGAGUCUGGGUUUCGGCCACCCUUCCCAGUGCCAGAAAGUUUACUUCAAAACCUAGUAAGUAGAUGGGAUGAUUUCUAUUUAUGUCAUGAUUUUCGAUGUUGUCAGCAUAUAAUUGUCUGUUUGAUACUUAACCAGAUUGGCCGAAUGAUAGUUGUGAAAGGUGCAUUUGUUAUUCUAAGGCUUACCAUGUCUAAGUUUCAGAUACUUGGAGCAGAGAUGGAAGUUCUUGUGACCCAAGGUUGCCAUUCGUGGGCUCCUUGUUUCCUUGUGAUGUCAUGACAAGGGGCCGUGCAGGUGGGAUUAGGAUGAUAAAAAUUUGUUGCUUUCACAAAUCUUAACCCUUGAGAGCAAAUGGGAUGAUACAUAUCUUCGUAGAGUUCUGUUUCUUGAUCUUUGUGGUUAUCUUAAUAUAACCACCAACAGAGAAGCUACAUCAAAUCAUUGCAAGGACUGCUAUGUUUGUAAGCAAGCAUGGUGGGCAAUGUGAAAUAGUUUUGAGGGUCAAACAAGGAGACAACCCAACUUUUGGGUUCUUGAUGCCUGAUCAUCAUCUGCAUUCAUACUUUAGGUUUCUCGUUGAUAACUCAGAUCUUCUGAGUGAAGAAAACAAAAAUGAAAGUGGGCUUGAUCAAGCCAGUGGUAUUGGAGGAGGUGGUGCAUUGUCUUUGCUUGGUUCUGUGUACGGUUCUGGGGAGGAUGAGGAUGGUGGAGCUGAGGAUACCCCAGAACUUAAAAGAAACGAGUCUGGGAGCGCUUCUGAUUCUGUUAAUGCAGCCAUUUCAAAGGGUUCCAAACAGACAGAAUUGCCUGGAGAUAUGGCUAGGAAAGAUGAGAAAGUUUCUAGGCAUUCACUUCCUUCUUCAAAAGAAAAAGCUCCUUUGAUAAAAAGAAACCAAUCCAUUAGCGCGGUAAAGGUUAGAACUUCAAGUGGGACGAAAAAAGAAGGUGACUUGGCUUCACUUUGCCCUGCUGCUGAUAAGUUACAAGCUUCUGCUUCACCAAGCAUGCCCAAGGUUGAAUUACCAGUUGUGGAGCCUCCAUCUGAUAUGAAGAGAGCGGUUGAUAAGAUAGUUGAAUUUAUCCUCAGAAACGGGAAAGAAUUUGAGACCAUUCUUGUCGAACAGGAUCGUACAUAUGGAAGAUUUCCCUUUCUUCUGCCAUCAAAUUUGUAUUAUCCCUACUAUCUUAAAGUUCUUCAUAAAUCUGAAGAGUCAAAGUUACCUGGCAAGGGUUCCAGUUCUGAUAGGCAUGAUUCAACAGGGCUGGGGGUGGACAAGAAAAAGGCUAUAUCCAAAGAGAGUGAUACACUAUCCUUAGGAUCUGAUAUACCUUAUGAUUCUGACAAGAAGGAAAAGUUUAAGAUGGUAAUAAGCAAGUCAAAGAAGGAUGGACAAGAACAACCUUCAAAAGUCACCCAGCCUAAUGUUGGUGUCACUAUGGAUGCAGCUGCAGCUGCUGCCAUUCUUCAGGCAGCGACACGAGGCAUUAGAAACCCCAAUCUAGAUAUUCUAUCAAAGACAUCUUUAAAUGGUUCCAGUCAAGGCCCUAGCAGUGAGGGUGGACAGGCUUCUCAGCCUCAGAGCUCUAAACAGUUGCUGGAUCAGAAGGGGAAGCCAAGUAUUCCUGUCCCUGUUGCGAAUGCUAUCGCAAAGUCAGCUGCUAUUGCAGCUGCAAGUGAGGCUGACUCAUCCGAAGCCAGCUUGACAGAAGAGCAGAAGUUGAAGGCUGAGAGAUUAAAGCGGGCAAAGGUGUUUGCUGCCAUGAUUAAAGGUAAAGCAGCACCUUCAAAAGAUGAAACAUUGCGCGGGUUAUCUGUAGAACCUCCAGAUUCUGGGUUUUCUGGGUCAGGUGCUGAGUUUGCAAAUCUCUUGGGCAAAGAAAGAGAGGGCAGUUCAGUUCCAGUUGAUGUUGAUACUUCUGACAAAAAUGAGAACGUUGAAAUGAAAGAUAUUGGUGAAGAUAGUGAAAGACGUUCAAAGAGGAAGUAUCGUUCAAGAUCUAAUAGGGAUGUAGAAGAGGAGGAAGAAGAAGAAGAAAAGGAAGAAAAUGAUCACAAGCGCUCUAAAAAGAAACAGCAUUAUCGUCGAUCUUCACACCACAGCAGGGACAGAAAAAGACAUUCCUCUUCGAAGGACAGAGAUUCUCGGCAUCGGCACUCACGACAUCGGCAUAAGCAACAUAAAUCCUCUGAUGAUGAAUCUCAACAGUCCAAGGAUUUACAGAAGCGUGAUAGCUCCUGCGACAAUGAGCAUCACCAUUCUCUAUCUCGACACAAGCAUGGUUGCUCCUCUGACGAUGAGCACCACCGUCGUCGACAUCGAAGCAAACACAAAUAUAGCUCCUCUGAUGAGGAGCACAGACACCGAAGCAAAGGUCAUAAGCAUAGGAAGAGGUCUCACUCGGAAAGAGAAAUGGACUUGGAGGAAGGGGAGAUUAAAUCAGAUCAAUCAAAAGCAAGCAAUAUCAAUGCCCGUAGUAGAGAAACUUCUGUGGAUAUAUCAAAAUCAUAUCAUGCUAGUAGGGAACCUUCUGUGGAUUUAUCAAAAUCAAAUCAUGAUGGAAGGGCUUCAUCUCAGCCCUCCAACUCAACUAAUGAAGUUCCUGAUGAUUUGAGAGCAAAAAUCCGAGCCAUGUUGAUGGCAACCUUGUAAUAUUUACUUAAAUUAGCAGCGUAACACUUUAACCUUCUUUUGUAAUAUUACUUAUCAUAAUCUAUAUUUUUGUUUAAUGUAAGCCAAUUUUGCAAUC